AUGCAGGAAGAAGAAGACUUGAUUGCAGAGUGGAUUCCUGAGCCUCUUGUUCCAAAUCCUCCUGAGGCCGAUCAUCCUUCAUUAAAUACACGGACUGUUUAUGGAAAGGUUGGGCGUUAUAUUGAUUUGGGAACUGGUGAGAAGGUGUUAAAUCUUGGAACUCACAGUUAUUUGAACUUGGGUGAGCGACCAGAGGUUGAAGAAGCUGCUCUGCAAUGUCUUCACAAGUAUGGGGUUGGAUCCUGUGGACCUCGAGGUUUUUAUGGUACAACCCAAGUUCACUUGGAAUUAGAAGACAGGCUUGCAGCUUUCUUUAAUUGUGAGAUGGCCGUUCUAUAUUCAUAUGGGUUUUCAACAAUAGCAUCUGCCAUUCCUGCUUAUUCUAAAAGUGGGGAUAUUAUUUAUGCAGAUGAGAUGGUCAGCUUCCCCAUCCAGAGAGGCCUGCAAGCUAGUCGCAGCCGUAUUGUAUUUUUCCGACAUAAUGAUGUGGAACAUUUGGAAGAAUUGUUAAAGGAGCAGGCUGUUUUAGAUAAAAAGGACUCCCUGACAGAGAAUAAGAAAGCAAAGGUUUUGGCUUCUCCCGAUAAGUUGUGGGGAAUGGAGAAAGAAGGCUCUCCUUCCUCUCGUUUAGACCAGAGAGAAGAAAUGACGAAGAUAUUAAAGGAUAUGCAAGAGUCUAUUGCUUCUCUAGUCGGGGUUCUUUCGAGAGAUCCUCCAAGAAGAAAGGAUGUUUAA